AUGGAUAAUAUCAGAGAUAGAGCCAAAUAUUUAGUAGAUAAUGCUAUUAAAGGCACUAUUUUAGAUGAAAAUGGCAAUAAAGUAGAACAUCCUGACAAAGGUAAACCCGCUAACGGACACCGCAUUGAAUACAGUUUUGGCGAUGAUUACACUAAAAAUGAUGGUAGCCCAGUGGCUGCUAAUAAUUUCACUCACACUGAAUUAGAACAAUUGUUUAAUCUGAUGAAAUUAUUCGGUGACACCCUCAUUUUACUUCCCGCUGAGGAAAAACCCAUCCCCAGUAGCAAAUUCAAAUUAGAAGAAUUUGGCAUUGAAGGAUAUAUAGAUAACAACGGCAAUUCUAACUUUUACGCUACUGACUACGGCACUAGAAUUAGUGAUGGCUCCGAAUAUCGCCCCCAAUUAUUUGCUGAUUUAAGAAGUUAUGACACUACUUCUAGCACGGGAACUGAUAAAGGAGGCACGGGCACGGAUAUCACUCCUAAUUACGAUAUCUUUACGGAUGGAACUAAUCACUUUGCUUAUCAAGAGUUCCCUGAAUUCUAUUUAGACCAAGAAGGCCGAUUAACUAAUCUCCAAGCCGAUAAGGACAUUAUUGCCGAACAAAUGAAAUCUGGUCAACAAGAGCUAAAGCAAGCCGAAAAAGAUUAUCAGGCCGCUCGUAAACAACUAUUCGCUAAAGAAAAGGAAUUAGAUAACAAAAUUACCGCUAAAAUCACCGAAUUACGCCAAGAAUUAAAGGAAAAAUAUAAGGUUAGUGAUACGGAGGCUAAUGAUUUUGCUGGUGAUAACAAAAUAACUACCGAUGAGCAUUUUAAUUUCCGACGUUUGGUGGAGGAUAUCCGCUUCUUAGUGAAUAAUGAUGACCAAAAACCAACCGGUAAAACUAAUGAGGAUCAGGCUUGUCAAAAAAAAUUAGUCAAACUAAGUGAGCGAGAAACUGAAAUCAAAACUGCUCUCAAAGCCGCGAUUGACAACCAAAAGCCCGAAGAAACUAUUAAAGACUGGCAAAACAAUUUAAAAACUAUUGAAACGGGAUUGGAAACGGCUUUUACUGAAGAAAAG